AUAAACUUACAAGCAGCCACGGUACUUUGUCCUGUGUGAGUGAAACUUGCUUUCGUUGCACCGCGUGUGACGAUGCAGACCAAGUUUUACGACCCAUUUACGAAGAAAAUUUUAAAAGAUUCUUUUGAAAUUGUGGCGAAUGGAUCAUCCCUCUCUAAGUUCAAAUGUCAUUUAUGAAUUUCUUUGAACCUUCUAAAAUGAAAAAAGUGAAAAUUCAAAUUCUUCUCAACUGAAAAUUCAAAUAAAAUUGAUAAUGUCUGGCACAGAAGUUAAAUUGUAACAAGAAAUGAUAGAAAAAGAAGGGGACCUGCCAAUGAUGCCCUUUUGUAUGAGUGGUCCAAUUCAAGACCUGUCUUUGGUUCCAGGCACACUUAAAGUUGAAAAAAAUGAAGCUACCUAGAAUGGACAUUGUGAACCUUUCACCUAAAAAGAUAUGUCGAUCUGAAGAUCAGCGGAAUGAGGUUCUCCAAAAAACGAACGACGAGGAAAUAAUACAACAUUUAUCACACUCGUGGACACUGAGCGGUUUCAACGGACUGAGAGCAUGCAGGAGUUUUUGGUUCACUGCGGAUUUUGGUGUUUUCAACGAACUGGUCGAAGCUACUUAUCAUCAGCUGUGUACCAUGAGUCCCCAAUACACCCAGAACAUCUCCAUGGGUAUGUUCAUGUACUAUUGCGGGGUUGCCCUUUGGUACCGAUUGUAUGCCAUAAGGUACGCUCAAGGCGGCGACAGUUCCUGGAUGUUUUCUGUCAUGAAAUGCGUCAUGCCCGACCAAUUCGCACUUCCGAAACCGAUUUGCGAGUUUCUCGACGCUGUCGGUGAUUUCACCGAACCCAGUGGUGUUUUUUGGAAGCUGACUUUUCCUGAUUUGAACGAACAAAUUCAUUUCGGCAGAAUGGCAGCUAGUUCGUUUUACAAGUACAUGGCCUACCCGGCGCCUGCUGUCCUCGUAGGAACGCUUCAACAGGAGCUGGACGUAUUCACCUCAGUGAAAGUACCUUACUCUAGUUGGCGGCUCCCUUCAAUAGACUACGAAGGCUGUCCCUCGGACGCAGUUUUUAACGAAAAUGUUUGCGGUUAUUACAUUCCACCACGUGCGGCCAUUUACGCUGUCACCCCUGAUGACGUCAUCAUACAACAACUAGCCAAUGCGUUAAAGAUACUUACGGACCCAAAUGUCUCUUUGAAUCCUCCCUGGGUGGUCCCUGAGUUAUUGACUUAUAUCAGUGAUGCUAAUGUCACUUUAAUCGAAGAUUAUUUUAUGGAGAAAAAUUAUAAGAAUGAAUCUAACUUUGGGUCUAUCGUCCAAAUAGGAUUCGUAAAAUUUACUGCGAAGACGGAACAUGACACUCCUUCGACCCUCAACGAUGUGUUGGGGUGUUCUUCGUUCCAUAUUUCAGACGACCUCAGCAAAUUAAUACCAGUAUUCCGGUUGAGAGCUGAUAGAGUGGUUUCUUUAAAGUCGUAUCCUUACAAUUUUAAGAAUCACAAAGCCGUCCCUCCCUACUGGUCCGAAAACAUCAACGCCAAUUUCAACAACACUUAUGCGCGAAAGCGACUUAAUUUGCCGGUUUUUUGCACCAGCUGUGUAGAUCGGCAGCUCGCUGUUGCUCAGUACGUCGAAAGUUUCUCUGAAGAAAGCUGACUUUGAAUAUGUUUCGUCGUUUCUCAGACGAACAAACGUAACUCCAUUCCGAGGUUGUGAAAUUUAUGUGAAAAAAAAUCGAUUUUGAAAAACAUGAUUGUGAAAAGUC